AAAUGCGUGAAAGUAUUUGUGUUCGCAAGGAAAAUUCAAAGAGAGAAGAAAAAAAAGGAAGAAUAGAUUCGUCGUUCCGUUGUCGUGAUUGAAUUAAUACAAAAAAAAAGAAAGUAGAAAAAACUAAAUACUAUCUGUACGUUUUACUCAAAAUAAAAAGAAAAUUGAAUUAAGCUAAAAAAAAAAAAAUAAUCAUUCGAAACAAAAAGCAAUGGAUUGAAGUGAAUUUCGGAAAAAUAAUAGAAAGUGUUACUGUAUAUAUGCAUACAUAUAUAUAUAUAUAUAUAUAUAUAUAUAUUGGUUCUAAACAUUUGAGACAAAUUUGAUCUUGAGAUACCCUGUAAAGUUAGUGCAUGCAAAUUCCUGUCGCUGCCGUUUGUAUGUGCAUACUUGUAUGUGCAUGCGUGCGCUUUUCUAUUUACUAACAAACACAAGAACAAAUUCAAUGAAAAUAUAGACGUUUUGCAUCUCUUUCCCUCCUUUGCAUUUCAAUGACGAUGUAUAAAUUAAGCUGCGUCUACCGGUGUUAAUCUAUGUAAAUGUGUUUUACUUGCGUACGCAUCGUGCAUAUUACUCUCACGUAAAGAAAACGAUUAAAAAACUUUGACAAAUUAAAAGAAAAGAAAAAAAAAGUACAAAACAGCUGAACAAUAUACAUAAAAAUAUAUGUGUAAGUGCGUUUAACUUUUAACCGCACCAUCAGAUGUAAAAAUCUCAUAUUGAGUAAAGGAUAUUGAUACUGAUCUAUUAUUUUAUUGUAUAUUUUUCUCACAAUUAAACGAUGUCAUGUUGUCAUCAUUGUCGUUGUCAUCAUCAUUUUUGUCGUCCUUUUUGCAUAAUGACAACAAUACGAACAGAGUUAAGAGACUAUCUUCACUUCAAGCAAGAGCAAGACCAGGAACAACAACAGCAACAACAACAACAAAAAAAGAAAUUCGAAAACAGUACCAAUAAUCGAUACUUUAUACCGUAUAACGACGACGAUUUGAAUAACAAGGCCAGCAACAAUAAAAACUGAAUGCAUUGUCUUCUUGUAUAAUAAACGCCAUCAUUGACGAUUCCUUGUUGUAUGUCUUUUACGCUAUCAAUGCACUCUUAAACCAAAUGGAAAAUGAUGACGAUGAUGUUUUACGUAAACAAAAGCUUUAAAAGCAACAUUGACAACAAUAACAACAAAAAGAAGAAGAAGAACUUUAACAACAGUGAUAGUAAUAAGAAAAGCAACAGUAUUUGUUGCGGCUUUAACAGUCAAAGCUCAGCAAACUAUACUUUUAAUCAUCGAAUUGAAAAAACUGAACUAGUAAACAAGUUGCAAAAAUUCAAUGGGCACAAUGUUAGCAAUGACAACAAUUGCAACAACAAUGUUGUUAGUAACAAACGUUACAAAUGCAACCACAACAGCGGUGGCAGUUGCAACAGCAGGGGAGAUUUAACUACAAACCAUAUUCAUCUUUAUCAGCGACACGAACAAGAACGAGACCAUGGAAACAAAGAGAAGCAUCAUCAUCAUCUGCAUCUACACCAACACCGCCGCCAACAUUACCACCAUCAACGCCUUCAUCAACAUUGUAUCACUAACAACAACCACAAUAGUUCAAUAAGCAACAGAACAACCACAACAACAAUAGCGACCACUUUAACAAACCCUAACAGCAGGAGCUAUUGUAACAGUAUCACAUUCAACAGCAAGAAUAACAACAACAACAACAACAGCAGCAAAAUCUACAAGCACUGUAGUAAUAGUAGUAGUAAUAGUAGUAGUUGUAAUAGUCAAAAUUGUCUUAGAGCAAGAAAGGAAAACACCAGACGUCCAUUUCAUCGGCAUCGAAUAUCAUCACAACAACAACAGCAGCAGCAGCAGCAGCAACAUUUAAGGCACCAUAAUCGCGUUACAGUUUGCCAUUUUGCCCAAAACAUUAUUAGUUUAUUUGGUCUUCAGUUAUGUUGUCUCCUGCUGUUGCGGCUUGCAACUACGGCCACUGGUCUUGCCGCUGCCAUGGACACAUCAAACACUAAUCUCACUGAUUUGGGAAGUCCUGGUGUGUAUUAAAUAUGAUUUUUCAAUUUAUUAUUCUCAUUGCUUUUUUCUAUCCCUGCGAAUACUCUCUUUUUGAUAUUGAUAAUUAAUCUAAAUAUAGAAAACACAAUUAAUCUUCGCGUGCAUACCUUCGUCUUCUUCUUCUUCCUUCCCUCCUAAAUAUCUUUCCUUUACAUUUUCAUUUCCAUUCGGCCUAAAGUAUAAGAAAUAAGAUGACUUUACGUUCAAUUUUUUGCAUAUGCCAUCAAGCUUAUCGAUUCAGAAUUCAAAGGAUGUAGUUUAACAUAACUUGAAAAUAAUUUCAAAAUCAUUUUAUAGUCUUCGGACGGAUUAAUACCAUAAGUGCACGUUGUAUGAAAUUGAUUGUUUUAACAAAGCAUUCCAUAGGAAAGCAACAAGUCGGAAAUGUUGGCAUUACCUGCCCUCAGGUGGAUCAUAAGCUAACGAAAAUUGCUAUUCACGGCCGUACCGUGGACUUGUCAAAUCAAUCGGCAGGUUUUAGAUAUUUAUAACUUUUACUUAAAAUGCAGAAAUAAUUUUCAAAACCAGAGAGUGGCUCGCCAUCAUAAUCAAAGAAAUUGUAAUUGCUUAUAACUCUGGGUUGACUGUAGCAUCAUCAUAUGUUGGUAGAGCUUUACUAGAUUAGUUCUUCCUCAGUAAUCUCGAUCGGUCUACUUCACUUGGUAUCCGUCCUCAACUAUCGAUCACUGUAGAUAUAAAGGUAGAAAAGUUUAAAAGUUACUUUCCAAUGCCGAGCUUACCUCUAAAACUUACCGUCAAGCGAUAAAGCUGGCGAAAGUCAUACUCCGGGCGAUUGUAAUCGGACACGUUUAAGAAGUCUUACUAUAAGCACAUAAAAUUUGCGAACAAACUUUUAAAUAUAACCUACAACUUACGUUAAGUCGGAUAUUAGGCACAAUUCUAUUCAUAUCAAGGCAAAAAAGUGAUACUUGUCAGGCGACCAGUCCCUCAUUAUAAUUAACUAAAAAAAAAAAAAAAUCAAAUUUUCAUUUACUUAAGGGAAUUUUUUUUUUUUAAACGGCUCCGUUUGUUAUACCUAGCAUUUAAACCUAGCAUUUAAAUAUCGAAUUGAUUCUACGCUUCGCAGAUAUAUUUAGGUAUAUUUUCUUUUUUGAAAUAUAAAAUUCAAAAUCAAGUUAAUUGUGCUUUUGCCGAUUAUUGUCGGAAAAUUUGAAAUAAAUCUAAUCCUAGCAGUAAAUUUACUACUUAAUCCUUUCAAAAACUGUCAUUGCUUAACGAAUUUAAUUAAAUGGUUGUUUUAGGUGUUAAUCUGAAACGUUUCGUAAAUACUUGGUAAAAAUUUCUGCCAUAAAAAUCAUCAAAUCGGCUUAAUCAACAUACUUUCUAAUAAAAAGGAAUUUUUUAAGUUUCAUAUAUAUGUAUAUAUGUCCUUAAGAUGCGACUGAUUAGAAGUUUCUUCGUUCUCCAUCCAUCCAUUGUUUGUUAUGAGAAUUUCUACGGUUGCAAAACUUGAGAUGCAAAGUUGAAUGUUGACAUCGAUGUUUUUAGCUCAGGACCGUAGUUUACAAACACUCGGUAAUGGCUGACUUAAUGUAUUUCUUUAUAUAAAAAAGAACUUUUUCGAAUAAUCUACAAUCUAUACUGAACUAGAUGUUUAUGUUAUAUUUAUCGCAUGAGAGUUCGUUGCUAAGAUGUGAUAUUCAAGAUUCACUUCAAAACCAAUUAUAAUAUGCUAUAAAAUAUGGGUGGGAACAAGAGCGUUUUAACCCCUUAUUGACAUAGUUCUGUAUAUAGUAAACCUUUAACUAUCUACAUAAACACGUAGGUGACCUGUUGAACUUUGUCGCACAUAUAUUUUUUUUAAAAAUCAUAUAGAGAAGUAAAUAGGAGAGUUUUUAGUUUUCCCACCUUUUCAAAAUCACUUUUUCAAUCAAUGUACACUGGUCUGUCCGUCUUGUUCUCUUGUGGUUAGCCUACAGUCCGUAAUUUUUGACAUAUUUUGAUGAAGUUUUAAUCCAAGGACGAAGCUUGAAAGGGCUUCGGAUCGGACCAUCUUUUCGUCUAAUUUUCGUACUUUCAAAAGUAGUUAUAUGAAUAAUGGUAAGGUGUUGAUUAUUUAAUUGUGAACCGCAACACUCUACACCAUUCUUAUUUCUUUUAAUCCGUUUGAAACGAUCAGGUAACGAAUAAAAAUAAAAAUUAUUGCA